UCCGCCCCCAGCGUGCGCGCGUCUCGGCGCCAGGAGCCGUCCCGGGGUGUGUUGGCGAGCGCUGAUAUAGAUAUAAGGACAUUUCUCUCCAUGGCGUCACGUGACAUAAUUACCACCAGAAUCAAUCAAGAUGAAUUGCACGUCAGCGCCCGGUGGGGAUUUUUGCUUAGUUGAUCCUGGCCCAAGCCUCUUGUGCAAUCGAUGGCUCAGGUUGGCGGCGCGGGGAGCGGCCCGGGGCUUGCCGGCGUGCACGCCGCGGAGCCAUGAACGACUUUGACGAGUGCGGCCCGAGCGCAGCCAGCAUGUACCUGCCCGGCUGCGCCUACUAUGUGGCCCCGUCGGACUUCGCUAGCAAGCCGUCAUUCCUCUCGCAACCGUCCUCCUGCCAGAUGACUUUUCCCUACUCCUCCAACCUGGCGCCGCACGUCCAGCCAGUGCGAGAAGUGGCCUUUCGCGACUACGGCCUGGAGCGCGCCAAGUGGCCGUACCGCGGCGGCGGCGGCGGCGGCGGCGCGGGGGGCGGCGGCGGCGGGGGCGGCCCUGGUGGGGGCGGCGGCGGCGCCGGGGGCUACGCUCCCUACUACGCGGCGGCGGCGGCGGCCGCGGCGGCGGCGGCGGCGGCCGAAGAAGCGGCCAUGCAGCGAGAGCUGCUCCCGCCCGCCGGCCGCCGGCCAGACGUACUCUUCAAGGCGCCGGAGCCGGUGUGCGCCGCGCCGGGGCCGCCGCACGGCCCCGCGGGCGCCGCCUCCAACUUCUACAGCGCCGUGGGCCGCAAUGGCAUCCUGCCUCAGGGCUUCGAUCAGUUCUACGAGGCGGCGCCCGGGCCCCCGUUCGCCGGGCCGCAGCCCCCGCCGCCGCCCGCGCCACCGCAGCCCGAGGGCGCUGCUGACAAGGGCGACCCCAAGUCCGGGGCUGCUGGUGGCGGGGGAAGUCCCUGCGCCAAGGCGACUCCGGGUUCGGAGCCCAAGGGGGCAGCGGAAGGUGGCGGCGGCGAUGGCGAGGCUCCCCCCGGGGAGGCGGGGACCGAGAAGAGCGGCGGCACAGUGGCCCCCCAGAGGUCUCGGAAAAAACGCUGCCCCUACACCAAGUACCAGAUCCGCGAACUGGAACGUGAGUUUUUCUUUAACGUAUACAUAAACAAAGAGAAAAGACUUCAACUCUCUCGGAUGCUCAACCUCACUGACCGGCAAGUCAAAAUCUGGUUCCAGAAUCGCAGGAUGAAAGAAAAGAAACUGAACAGAGACCGUCUUCAGUAUUUCACUGGAAACCCCUUAUUUUGAGAGCUUCAGGAAGCGCCCCCUCCCCGAGCCCCAUUCACCCACCCUCCUUUCCACCAGCCUGCCCUCCGCAGGCCCACUGUUCUUGGGUUUAAUGACGCCUCUUCUCUGUGGAACUUCUCGAUUCCUUCCCACGGUCAUCUCUGGACCUCCCAGCGACCACCACCGCAGCCUGAGGACGAGGCCGGGGACUUGGCCGAGCGGAUCCUAAUAAGGGGAAAAUGAGGAAAUCAAGUCUGAUACUCCAACCAGCAAUUGGCUCACUGCAAAGAGUGGCAGAAAGAAGAGGUGCCCUUAUACUAAG